AUGGGCAAGCAGCUUCUUAUAUUAUUGACAUUUAUUGUUGGUGGAACGCCAAAUCCGGGUCUCACAAGUCAACAAGUACACUCUCAGCCAGAAGAGCUUGCUAUAGCAGGCUUCAAUUGCUUUGCUGCCAUAUUCCAGGUCUUGGGGGACCCUGUUUCAGAAAGGACAAUUUACAAUGAGGUUGGGACAGCAACUGUCGUUGAUCAAAUCGUAUAUCUUCUUCUCGAAGGGGUCACAGAUAGCCGAUCAGGUGCUAUUUCUGUUGCAGCUGCUGGGGCACUCCAAGCUCUUCUAGCACGGGUCACAGAUCGAGUGGUUCUUGCUAGCAUUAUGCCGCGGACAGUAUCUUCUCUCACAAAAACAUUGAAACCUACAACGCAAACCAGACGCCCCUAUAGACUUAUUGAGAUAUGCCUCCAGGUACUAACCAAUCUAUUAAAAGCGGUGCUUAACGACCAUGUUGCCAGAUCCUCGCAAGAGCAAAGUCCCCAGCCUCAGCAGCCGAGCGAUAAGCUUGUCCUUGAUGUAUCAUGGCUUACAGCUACAGCUACUCAGGUCAAGCUUGCUUUGGCGAAUGUUAUUCAGAUAAGACGCCAUGAGCGACCAGAGGUGCAGGACGCAGUUCUAGGGCUCUGCAUCAUGGUAAUCGAAGACUGCCAAACAACGCUGAAGGAUUCGAUACCCAUAGCUGUGGAGACUAUCGUCGUGCUAUCAGAUGUUGAUGAGAACCAGAUCCCGAACAAUGCAUAUUCAACGUUAAAACAUCUUUCUAUUACUUACCCGGUAGUUGUUGACACUCUGAAGGAGUCCCUUCACAAUUGGAUUGUUUCUUUCCCCCGGAUUAUGCAGAGUAACGAUGAGACUGCAAAACAAUGGGGGAUAAAGCAAAUAUCGAUGGCUUUCCAAGUUAUUUCCCAACUACAGUCAGCGUCUGACAUUCUCACGUCCAGCUUGGCUUCAGGGUUGUGUGACAGUGUAGCUGCUGCUGUUAACAAGGGGGCUAAUUCCCUCCAACCACUAAGCUCCUACAGCGACAGGGGCAGUCUGGAUAUAGAAAUGCUGAACCGAGAGACCGGAUCGGUAUCUUUCCCGCCAAUUCUUUUGGAACAUCGAAGCCAGCAGCAGACGUUGAAGGAUCUUCGCUCUAUGAUUUCUAAGCUUAAUUUAUCCAGCUCUGGCAGUGACGUUACUCGUUCGAUUAUGAAUCGGAUCUACAGUGCUCGUGAUGCCAUACUACCACCUUUCUGGCUUGCUCUGACAUUUCUUGGUGAUACCCAGAAAUUUACUGCUAACUUCGAUGAGUUCAUCUCUUUUGACGACGUUGAGUUAUCAUCCACGUCUCCCACGCGGGCUAGCAUAAUUGAAGAGCUCUACUACGUGGCACUACCGUUAUUAGAGGAAUCUCCAGCUGAGACAUCAUCGGAUUGGCGCGUUUCAGCGCUUGCUCUUGAGGCUGUCGCACUUCAAGCAAGGCAGCUGGGGGAGGCUUUCAGGCCGGAGCUUAUGGAUGCAUUAUAUCCCACCCUCCAACUUUUAACGUCUGCGAAUCCUAAUCUUCAAAGACAUGCAAUGGUCUGUCUUAAUAUACUCACGGCCUCUUGCAAUUAUCCAGACACGAGCUCCAUGAUAAUCGAGAACGUGGAUUACCUUGUUAACUCAGUCUCCUUGAAGCUGAAUAUCUUUGAUGUAUCCCCUUAUCCACCGCAGGUCUUAUUUAUUAUGGUCAAAUUGUGUGGUGCUGGAUUGAUCCCCUAUCUGGAUGACCUGGUCGACUCAAUAUUUGGGAUACUGGAUAUGUACCAUGGUUAUCCCAGGCUGGUCGAGCUGAUGUUCAAGACCUUGGCUGCCAUAGUGGAAGAAGGGGCAAAGAAACCGUCUAUGCUGGCAAUUACAAGUGACCAUGAAAAUGACCAUGUUAACCAUCAUAAGCGGCAGUACGAAGUACUACCUAUCUCUACUCUCGCAAAAGAUUUCGCCGCCCAUCGAGCAAAGCGCGCUAGGUAUUCGGAAGAGCUACCUGAGAACAUCGAUGAAAGAACGUCGCAUCCUCAACGGCCCUGGGCAGAAUCAGAGACGAAAGAUGAACCAGAAGUAGACGUGGAUUCCAUGUCGGAUAUCUUGGAAAGGGAGUCCACCGAGCCACUACCACCACCUCGUGAACCCGAAGAUGCAGAGAAGCCGCCCAGCAAAUCCCAUUCGCUUCUGUUACACAUAGUCAAAUCCAUCCCAUCGCAUCUAACAUCGCCUUCUCCAUACCUUCGUCGCUCCCUGCUUUCUAUUCUCAUACGAGUCCUUCCUGUACUCGCGCUAAAUGAGAACAGCUUCCUGCCACUCAUUAACGAGCUGUGGCCUUCUGUUGUCGCGAGGGUGACUUUUCCAUCUUCUUUCACCAACCCAUCCUCGUUAACAUCCCUGACGACGAAAGAGAUUGCCAUCACUUCUACCACGCAAUCAUCAACAGGCAAUCAUGACUUGGACUUUCAAGAGGAAACAUUCGUCAUCGUAGCCGCUUGCAACGCAAUAGAGGCUAUGUGCAGAGGUGCGGGUGACUUCAUGGCCUCCCGGAUUGAAUCUGCAUUCCCACACUGGCAACGCAUCUACAUGCGUGUCUGGGAGAAAGUCAACAAAGAUGCAGAAAGGACAAUCGAGAGACGCUCUCAACAACGACAACGAACAACAACAGCAACAACAACAACAACUCAACGAGGGUCAAAAGACCAAGAACCAGACUUACUCUUUGGGCUCGGCAUUUCUCAAUCACCAUCAUCAUUGAUCACAAUUGGAGCAACAACAUCAACAGCGCAUCCAUUCACCCCGCACCACAGCAUAUGGAGGGCGUUAGCUUCCCUAUUCAUCACCAUCCUCACGCACGUCCGCCUUCCUCUAUCCAUAGGCGACCAAAUCUGCUCGUUCCUAGCCGCAUGGAUCUCACGAUUCGCCGGACCUGAUUACUAUUUCCAAACACGAGCCAAGGAGCAUACCGCCACCUUGAAGGAACUGCCAGAAUCCACGCGGACAGAAAUCAACGCCGUGGAAAACGCCAUCCAAGCGAUGGAGACUUGGAAUGCCGAUCUUACAUGGUUUAUAUUCCAGCAGCAGCGGAUGAGAGUACGUGAAAUAGUAGAGAAUGGUGGAAGGCCGGUCCCGGUAUCUGGACAGAAAAUAAUGGAGGUGUUCGCUCCGUCGUCUCAGGAGCAUGUGGUGUUAUUCGGUGGCAAGGUGAAAUUUGCGGAGGUUGUCUUCUAG